CCGUGGAAGUUCCGAAUCGUCGGGAGAAACCGAGAGGGUCUCCAACAACGGCAGUGAUAAGUCGAACAUUUUAUGUGCUAUUUUUAUUUAUUUUUUCGCUUCCAUUGGGAGGUUGCCAGCGAAAGGUCGAUGGUUGCCCGGUGCUAGCUAACAAAAAGCCGGAUAAAGAAAUGGAGUCGGGGCGCACACGGAAACAUAGAAACGACAAUGAUAACUUAGUUUUUCUCACGCCUAUGGUUAACAGCUGCAAGUUGCGCCCGAAGGUGGCCAAAGUACUGCCAGGAAGAGGCCAGCGAAUGGUCAAUUCUUAUGAUCCUUUCAAGGACACAGGUUUCAAUUUUACCGCAAGAAGUCCUCCUUACCCAGAUUCCCCAUCUUUCCAACUAGAGCCAUCACUUCGCGCCGCUAACUGCAGUUUGCCCUCAGUUCCUUUUGCGACAAACGAAGUACAAGACAAAUCUCACAGGCCAACUAACAGUGCGGGGUCCAGGUACUACGGCACUGCCCCUCACCCUAAGUCAGCAGGUGGCUCUGGGUCAUAUCAUUUCAAUGUCACCUCUGGUUUCCCCAUCAUUCACUUCCACUGGCACGAUGCAGCAUCCGGUCUUCAUCGAAUUGACAUGGACAGGCGCUGCCUUGAUGAGUGUCCGCAGCUGGGCGUCAUGGAUGACCUGCAAGUGCUCAACUUGCAGCACAACCUGAUCACCGAUAUCAGCCAGCUGUCACUCCUGAGGCAGCUCGUCGUUCUUAACUUGGACGACAACCACAUCACCGACAUGAACGGCAUCCAAACGCUCACCUCCCUCAGGAUACUCACUCUGGCCACAAACAGGAUCCAUCAAAUAUCCUGCUUGUACAACCUAUCCAAACUCCACAUCUUGGAUUUGCAUCACAAUCAGAUCAGCAAGAUGGAGAACCUGAGCCAUCUGACGGAGCUGCAGGUGUUGAACCUGGCUGAGAACAACAUCUCUCGAGUGGAGAAUCUCAUUGGCCUGGACUCUUUGAUGGAGCUCAACCUGCGACACAACUACAUCUGUUCUGUAGCCGAGGUGGACCUUCUGCCCCGCUUACGGCGCCUCUUUCUCAGCUGCAAUAAUAUCAGCAGUAUCCACCAGCUAGGCUGCUGCGGGGAGUCAAUCUCCCUUUCCGAGCUCACUCUGGAUGGGAACCCAGUAGCCCUGGAGACAUGGUACAAGCAGGCUGUCCUGCGCUGUGUGCUUCACCUCAGACAGCUGGACAUGAAGCGCAUCACGGACGAGGAUCGGCGCAUGGCCGGUGUGCAGGCUCGGAAGGAGGAGGAGAAGAAGAAAGAGAGUCACAAGCAGACCAUUCAUAAAGAGAAGCGCCGUCUUGCCAUCCGUAAUGCGGCGCACCAAUGGGAGGGCGUUGUCGCCGCCUGCUUGGAGCUUCCGUCGACAACAACAAAUGGUGCCAGAGAAGAAGUCAGCCCGGAGAACAGCCCCGCCCACUGCCCCACGCAGACCAACGGCCUGGCUCAGGAACCUUCGCCAGAUGAGCCACGACGGAUCAGUCCGGGUUUUGGACCUGAACGAGUGAGUGGUGGACCCGAGAGCCGAUUCCGCACCAACAGCCGUCCAAAUAGCCCUCGAGAUCCAAAACUCACCGAAGCAGGAAGCGUUACGAGCCUGUCGCUGUCCGACAAUCAUCUGGCCGAGCUGGACGGUGACACCCUGCGCUUGUUCGGCCUGGGCGCCCUGGACGUGCUGGAGAGAGGAUGGGGGGCACAGACGGCCAGCGCCGUCACCGUCAUCGCCUUCCGUUACAUCCAUUUUGACGCCAUUGUACCAAUGCUGCCCAGGAUCAGGGUCAAGUUUCCCAAUCUGGCGCAUCUUAUUUUCCUGGAAACCAACAUCAGCCGUCUGCUGCAGUUGGCUGCACUGGCUCAGGUUCGCCGUCUGGACCAGCUGACCAUCCACCCGCAGGGUAACCCAGUGGUGGGCCUCGCCCUGUGGCGCUCCUUCGUCAUCUACCGUCUCCACCACUUUAACCUGCAGAGAAUCAACAGCCAGGAGGUCACCAUGAAUGACGUCAUUGCUGCCGAGCGCAUCUUCGGUACGCUGGGCCACAUAGCGGCCACCGAGACACCGCAUUGCCGGCUGCUCUUGCUGCUGGAGGAGUCCAGGAAGCGGCAGCUGCAGUUCCUGUUGGAGGGGCGCGGCCGGCGUACCGGGCUGAGCCCGGAGGAGCUGCGGGACAACGGGAAGCUGGUGGGCGAAGGCCUUAGCCGAGCGCUCUUCAACUACCCCAGCCGGGACGGCAGCACGGACAGCCCGGAGGAGAGCACCACGGAGGCCUCGGAGCGCGCCGCCACUGUGGACCUCUACCUUCAGGAUCUGGUGCGCCAGGCAUCCGAGACCAAUGUGAAGGGCGAGGCCCUGCACUGCCUGUGGCCCGCCAUGUUCGCAGAAAUGGUUCGCGACUGCGUGCUGGAGAUGAGCGACCGAGCGGCCUUCCGCCAAGCCAGCCUUGCCAAGCUGUCCAAGUGAAUGAGGACAGCAUCUCGAGCAGUCACCACACAUACACACGCGCCCACGUCUGGACGUUUUCACAAGCACCUUCUCCACGUGGACCACUUUAAGGACUUGUUGAUUGAAUGUAGUUGGGACAGCUUUGAAAUGACCAUAAUCUGUUUUGAAUGACCUUUGCCAUGUCUUAAACCUCAUAUAUGUUCAUCCCUCGUGUGUCUUGCCUGAUAAAAGAUGGAAGGUCACAAAUCAAGAUUUUGUUUUACAAACACUGGAUUCCUCUAUUGUACUGUAUUAAAAAGAUUCUCUAUUAACACA